CCGUGCCGAUUCGUAAGCCUCAAGAAAAAGAUUCUUUCCGACGCGCGGAGCGUGAAACACCCCUUCCGCGAGAUCAAGAUCAUCCGCCGCCUCGACCACGACAACAUCGUCAAGGUCUACGAGGUGCUGGGCCCCAAGGGAGCCAACCUGCGCGGGGAUUUCUUCAAGUUCAACGUGGUGUACAUCGUCCAGGAGUACAUGGAGACGGACCUGGCGCGGCUGCUGGAGCAGGGGAAGCUCGCGGAGGAGCACGCCAAGCUCUUCAUGUACCAGCUGCUGCGGGGGGUGAAAUACAUCCACUCGGCCAACGUCCUGCACCGCGACCUCAAGCCAGCCAACAUCUUCAUCAGCACGGAGGACCUGGUGCUGAAGAUUGGUGACUUCGGGCUGGCCAGGAUUGUGGACCAGCACUACUCGCACAAG